AUGACGAGUCACCUAGGAGGUCAGAGUCCCCUUAUUGACGCAGAAGUUCCCCUCCAACCCCUUCCAGAAGGACACAAGCUUAAUAAGGAGCAAUUCCAACUCGUAGAUAACCUUCUGCUCAGCUAUUUGAAAAAUUGCAAGCUAUAUGUCUCCUCAGAGGAAACACGGAAAAAAGAAGCCAUUCUUAGGAACCUGGAGCUUAUAAUUUCAGACUGGGUGUAUGAAACGUACAAAGACGCAUUCUUGGCCAACAUGCAAUUCUAUCGAAAGCAACCUAACAUGCCUCGCUCAGAGCGUCUGGUGAGGUUGUAUCCCUUUGGGUCAUACUAUCUUGGCAUUAAUGAACCAUCAUCAGAUGUGGACACAGUCGUUAUCUUUCCACAAUAUGUCCGAAUAGCAGACUUCUUUGAUAAGUUCCCGACCAUCAUAGGACAGAUGCCACAGGUGUCCUACUUUGAUUGCAUUCGAGACGCAAAGGUGCCGCUCAUCACCUUAACGUAUGACUCCGUUGAUUUCGACCUGAGCGCGGCCGUCAUGGCAGUCAACCGCGUGACCGAUGCCAUACCCUUUCUUGAUCCAGAAUGCACGGCCAAUAUGCACGAAAAGUCCAUUUUGUCGCUCAAUGGGUAUCGCACAAACAUCCAUGUGAAGUCUCAGUUCGCUGGGAACAAUAUAUUCUAUAGCACAUUCCAAAAUGCUGUACGUGCUCUUCGUCUCUGGUGCAAGCGGAAGAACAUCUACAGUAAUCGCUGUGGUUUUUUCGGCGGCAUCAAUUGCAUAAUAUUAGUGGCAAACGUAAUGUUGCGGAGCUCGUUUGAGCUUCUGCAAUUGGAUGUAGAACAACAAAACUUGGAAUAUCAAGCUUCUUUAUCCACUGCACAAGGCGAUCUCACCAGUCCCAGUGACCCGCAAUCACCGUACAUUCAAUACAACAGUGACUCUAUUCUGGAGUUACGAGAAGCUGUCCCUCUUACCUUGUGGCUGUACAAUAUAUAUUAUUAUUACUCUCGACUAGAUUGGAGCACAAAGGCCAUUCAGCUACCAAAUCCUGUACAGGCAUCAGCAGCUACCAGACUAUCCAUGACAGCUCAGAGCUGGGUGCGGCGAGACAAGGACAAGAUGUGCCUUCUCACCGCAGUGGAACCAUAUUUUAAUAGCACGGACAAAAUAUUUGAAACAACUUUCGACACCAUCCUGACAAACUUCCGGCAGGGGGUCAAAGCUAUAUUGGACAUAGUUAGAGGAGUAGUGGCAGCAUAUUCAUUUGGACUUGAAAUUGCACGGCCCCUUUUGCGGCCAUCUCUUUGGGACACAUUCUUCUAUAACAGCUUUUUAGAGUUUUUCUCCAAUCCGGGCUAUAGACCAAAUAUUAUGUAUCUGCUAAUAACGCGGAAUACGAUGUCAUCAAACAGCAUGGUGGAAUUAGACAAAGUGAAGAGCUUUCUAGAAUCUCGGAUAAAUCGGAUAUGUCGUCGUCUUUUAACGAGCCUUCAGCCUGCAGUGGGAAAUAAUGCUAGGCUCAUUCGCGUUCAUCCUCUUCCGACGUGGUAUGAUAGCACAAGCCUUGGUGAGUUAGAGCAUGGAAAGCACUACUUCUACAUAGGAAUGGAGACGUCUACCACUGGAGACCUUAGGGGUCUAUCUGAGCGCCUCUCGCAGGAGGUAAGGGACUUUGCAAGAGAAUGCAAGGGAUAUCUUUCUGAAAAGAGAAUGCUACUGGGCAUGGAAUCGAUUGAUAAGAUGCUCCAGAUUAGAAUCACAACCUACAAAGACCUUCCAGAGGCACUCCGAGGCCUCUCGCCGCCAGAACAAGCCAAAACCUUGUAUUGUACGAGCGGUCAGCAGAUCGAGUGA